GAGUUUUUGAUAAUCUCAGCUCGAGCUGUAAAUUCCCACUGUGCUUACUUAAUUAAUUUAAUCACUUUGCUAAGCACGGCAAACAAAUAUUUACCAAUACAAAAUAUUUCCGAAUAAUUUAGUUUGUACACAAUGCUUACGACAUUCACGUUGGGGCGAUAAGAAUGCAAAACGAAGUUUCCUAAGUGUAUUUAAAAAGCAACUCCGGCUGGCUUGACGCGUAGUUCAUGGUCUCAGGCAGUUCUAUUCGGUUUAAAGCAUUAUCAUGAAGUUCUGGGUAUUGUUUACAGUGCUAUUGAUCUCCAUGGCCGGCAGCUUUGCGCUCAAAAAUGAGCUUUGUGGUCUGCCCCAUUCUUUGAACGGCGAUGGACGCAUUUCGUGCGACGCCUACAUAGCCAGCUGGAGCUACGAUGCAGUGGCUCGGGAAUGCGUUAAGUUCAUCUUUGGCGGCUGCGGCGGCAAUGAGAAUCGAUUUGGCACCAAAGAGAUCUGUGAGGAGAAGUGCUUGGAAUAAGUGACUAAACACUUACUGAUGACAAUGAUUGAAAUACUGAAAUUGAUUUGAUUUGAAUAAAAUGUUAUCAAGCACCCAUUAACGGGCUUAUAUCUU